AUGCCGCGCCAAACAGGCGUUCUACCCCUUUCCUCCUUGUUCAUUGCACCGUUUGACGCCCCGUCCGUCGGGAAAAACAUAGUAAUGACUUCGGAGACACCAGCAACGACAAUUCUCCUCGCCACAACGCUUGCUACCUCCCUCGUUGCUGGCGGGACAUUGUAUUUUGUAAAGCAAAGGCUAUCGAGGCCAUACGUCCACGUCGUAGAUGACAAGAACACCUCGCCUCCGGGACCUCCACGUGCGCUACUUGGCGGAAAUGUGAAGAAUUUCCCAAAGGAUCGAUGGACGGAGACUUUCACUGCGUGGACGAAGACUUAUGGAGACGUAAUUUAUAUCCAACUUCCAAAGCGACCGAUUUUGAUCCUCAACUCGCUGAGUGACGCAGAUGAUAUGCUCAACAAGCGUGCUGGAAUCUAUUCAGGUCGACCAGAUAACUUUAUGGUCAAUGUCUUGAUGGAUUUCUCGUGGAGUAUUUCUCAAGCACAGCCAGGUCCAAAACACAACGAAGCGCGCAAAGUGUUUAGAAAGUCCAUCGGUCCGAGAGCAGUGGCAGACUUUGACACUCUUCUUGAAGCCGAUGCCGAGAAGCUCGUCGCCGCAUUCACUGGGUUCUCCGGAGAUCCCCGCGAGAUUAUUGUAGACACCGUCUCGGGCUCGGUCCUGAAGCUCGCUUAUGGGGAAAAGGUUGCAAAGAAGCAUGGCAGUCAACUAGUCCAGCUCAAUGAGCAAGCCAUCACGAUCAUCACGAGCAGCAGCACUUCCGUAUGGCUCCCAACAUCAUUCCAAUCGUGGCUGCCCGGACUUUCCUUCCACGAGUUUGCCGACAAGUCGAAAUAUAUCUUAAGUCAAUUGCGGAGCGUAGCGUACGACGAGGUGAAGCUGGCAGCGGAUCAAGGAAAAGGAGACUUGUCCAUCGUAUCCCGGUACUUGAACGAAACAGAGUUCACCAAGGAGGAUCUCCGAGACGCGGUGGCAAUGCUUUACAUCGGCGGAGUAGAUACAACAUCCAUCGCUCUGCUCAACUUUGUUGGCCAGAUGGUCAUUCAUCCGGAUAUCCUUCGCAAGAUCCAGACUGAACUCGACGACAAGAUUGGACGUGGACGGGUCCCGCGUGCCUCGGAGAUGGACAGUUUGACCUAUCUUCGAGCAGUGUGGAGAAUCGAUACGAUUCCAUGCACCUGUGUCCCGAUCCCCCACUGCUCGCUGCAGGAUGACGUCUGGAAGGGGUACUUUAUCCCGAAAGGCACGGUAAUCAUCCCAAACAUUGAAUUCAUGCUGCGUGACCCGAGAUUCUGGGGAAAGGAUGCCGAUGUUUUCAAUCCCGACCGGUUCCUGGUUCAGCGAGAACUUGGUCAACCCGAUGUGGACUCGAUACCGUUCGGGUUUGGGCGAAGAAUAUGCCCAGGGCGGUUCCUUAGCGCCCGUAAUGGUAUGCUUUACGCCGCUGCUCUCCUUGCGACAUAUGAUGUGCUCCCGCUGGAAGGCGACAAGGCACCAACGGGUCUUACGCACAGCGAGGGGAAAUUCAAGUUCCCAACCAACGUCAAAUGCCGCUUUGUUGCACGUCAGUAG